AUGGAAUACCGGCAUCUCGGCCGAACUGGCCUCAAGGUUUCCGCUAUCUCUCUUGGCAGCUGGAUCACGUACGGAGGACAUGUCAAUAACGAACACGCGUUUGACAUCUUCAAGAAAGCGUACGAUGCCGGCAUCAACUUCUUUGACACAGCAGAGAACUACUCCGCCGGGAAAGCCGAGAUCGUGCUCGGGGAAGCCAUCAAGAAAUUUGGCUGGAAGCAGAACGACCUCGUGAUUUCAACAAAAGUAUACUUCGGCCUCAACAACUCCGCGGACCCUUCCAAUCCCAUCAACAACGUCGGACUCUCCCGCAAGCACAUCAUCGAAGGCCUCAACCUCUCCCUCAAACGCCUCGACUUGCCUUAUGUCGACAUCGUCUACGCCCACCGUCCCGACCGCGACACUCCCAUCGAAGAGAUCGUCCGGGGCUUCAACUACCUCAUCAAUUCCGGCAAGGCCUUCUACUGGGGCACUUCCGAAUGGAGCGCAGUCGAAAUCGCGGACGCAUGGCGCGUCGCUGACAAGCUCAACCUGAUCGGACCCGCGGUCGAGCAACCGCAGUACAACCUCCUCGUGCGUGAGAAGGUUGAGAACGAGUUCCGCUGGCUGUACGAGAAGUACGGACUCGGCCUCACCGUGUUCUCACCGUUGAAGCAAGGUAUCCUGACGGGCAAGUACAAUGGGCAGAGUCAGCCUCCAGCGGACAGUCGGCUAGCUACAGCAAAAGACAAGUACUCGGUGGCGUACAGCAAGACGUUUGGGAACGAGACGUGGCAGCGCGAGUUGGAGUUGGUGGAGAAGCUGAAGCCGGUGGCGCAGGAGUUGGGCGUUUCGCUGGCGCAGUUGGCGUUGGCUUGGGUGUUGAAGAAUGAGAAUGUUUCGUCCGUAAUCAUUGGCGCUUCGAGUCCAGCUCAGGUUGAUGAGAACGUGGCGGCUCUGGAAGUUGCGAAGAAGCUGAAUGGCGACCAUCUGAAGAAGAUUGAUGAAGUCCUUGGGAAUGGUUUUGAGAACCCCCCGCGACGGUUUUAG